AUGAGAGAGCAGCAGGUGCUGGGGCCAGAGCCCCGGGCCCAGCCCCUGGCACUGCCCCGGCAGCGCUGCCCGAGCCCAGUGCGGUCACUGUUGCCCGCCCUGCGCCCCUGCUGCGGGGAACGCCGCUCCGGGAGCCCGGCCAGCCCCGUCCGGACCGGGGGAGCCCGGCCAGCCCCGUCCGGACCGGGCGCGCUCAGAGCUCCGGGGGACGGAGCCCGGAGGAGAAGCCCGCUGCAGGACGGGCUGGAGGAGGGCGCUCGAAGGGACCAGAACCCGUGGAGCCCAAGCCGCCGGACCGAGCUGCUCGGCUCCGCCGAGGGACCCGGCUCUGAGCCCGUCCCGUGCCCGCCCCGUGUCCCGUCCCGUGUCCUGUCCCCGGGCCGGCGCGGCCGCGGCAGCGGCUCGGAGAGCACGGGAGAGCGGCAGCACCCAGUGUCAGCUCUGCGGCUGGUUUCAGACAGGAGAACUUUCCCCGGAUGCUCCCAGAAUUUCGGGGUGUGGCGGAGCGCUCUCCCGGCCCGGCUCUGCUCGCACUCGGCCCGGGCUGGUGCAGUCACGGGGCUCCGAUGCUGUCAGAGGGCUCGCAGGGCCAGCGGCGCUGUCCCCGCUGUCCCUGCUGUCCCCGCUGUCCCCAAGGAGCUGCGAGAGGCGCUGUGCUGCCGGCAGCCCGGCUGGCUCUGCCCUGCUGGGCCCUUUGCAGCCGUCACCUCCAGCGAGCUCGUUCGGGCUGACCCCUGCUCUGACCCAGGCACCUCCCAGACCCCCUGCCCGUCUGCUGCUCUGACCAUGGCCGAGCCUGCACCCCAUUUCUCCGUAACGGGCCAGCCCAGCCCCAAGGCCGAGCAGGGGCACAGCAGCCACGGCCCCAAGGUCCCCACGGCUGGAGGGGACGGGGGGACCCCCAAUGGCUGCAGCCGCAGCCCAGCAGUGAGCGCGAGCGGCACCGAGCCCUGCAUCCCCUGCCCCGAGCGGGCACCGAGCCCUGCAUCCCCUGCCCCGAGCGGGCACCGAGCCCUGCAUCCCCUGCCCCGGCAGAGAGAGCGGGCACCGAGCCCUGCAUCCCCUGCCCCGAGCGGGCACCGAGCCCUGCAUCCCCUGCCCCGGCACAGCGAGAGGCACCGUGCCCUGCAUCCCCUGCCCCAAGCGGGCACCGAGCCCUGCAUCCCCUGCCCCGGCAGAGAGAGCGGGCACCGAGCCCUGCAUCCCCUGCCCCGAGCGGGCACCGAGCCCUGCAUCCCCUGCCCCGAGCGGGCACCGUGCCCUGCAUCCCCUGCCCCGAGCGGCACCGAGCCCUGCAUCCCCUGCCCCGAGCGGCACCGAGCCCUGCAUCCCCUGCCCCGAGCGGGCACCGUGCCCUGCAUCCCCUGCCUGGGCACAGCGAGCGGCACCGAGCCCUGCAUCCCCUGCCCCAAGCGGGCACCGAGCCCUGCAUCCCCUGCCCCAAGCGGGCACCGAGCCCUGCAUCCCCUGCCCCGAGCGGGCACCGAGCCCUGCAUCCCCUGCCCCGAGCGGCACCGUGCCCUGCAUCCCCUGCCCCGAGCGGGCACCGUGCCCUGCAUCCCCCGGGCCCUGAGCCCCGGCUGUGCCACCCGCACCCCGAGCAGGACACCGGGCUCCCGGGGAGCCCCAGCACCCCCUGACCUGCCCCACAUGCUCAGCGGGGCAGCAGCCUCAGCUGCCGAGCGUCCCCGGGAGGAGCCGCUCUGCUGUCCCGUGCCAGGGCGCGGGUCACGAGCACCCGGGACAGGGCGGGUGCAGGUGGGCGGUGCCUCCCCCGCCGCCCCGUUCUCGUCCCGGUCCCGCGUGCCGGGCUCCCGGACGGACUCGCCAUGUCCCUCGGAGCCCCCAGCAUCGCCCGGACCCCCGAGACCCGCGGACCCCCGGAUUCCCCUGGACUCCUCGGACCUCCCGGACCCCCGAGCCCCGCGGAUCCCCCCGAGCCCCCCGGAUCCCCCAUAUUCCCCGGACCCUCCGCAUCCCUCGGAGCCCCCCCAGACCCCCCCGACCCCCUGUGCGCACGGCGCCCCCUAG